GCGCCGAGAUGAGGGAACACAGUCGGAGCGCACAUCUCCUCCUGACUGUUGCGCGACCAUGCGUACGUUAGCUUGACUCUCGGUCUCUACGUCGAAUUUUUCUUCUUAUUUGUCUUGAUGCAGGAGAGGGGACUGGUAAGCAAAGAAUACCAGGCGCAAAGAUACCCUUAGUAACUAUUAGUGCAAGUUGAUGCACAGAUAAGACUGAUGGUAAGUAUGCACAGGGGAGGAAGAGAAAAAGAAGGCGGAGGAAAAGCGCAAAACGGAAGGUAGUAUACAUCAAAUAGGAGACCAGAACCAGCUACUGGAGAACGCCCGACUCGUCACAGCAAGCGCAACAAGAGGAAGGGAAGGAGGGUGUACAUAUGUAUAUGUGAAAUAGAAAGCAAAGUAAAGUCCGACAGCGAAAAACAGAAGCAACGCCCGCUGACGAAACGUGCGCGCGCGCGUAUUUUGUGACUCGCAUUUACGCGCGCCUCAUAUCGUAAAAGCUUCUCUACCCAAUCGUCGUUUCGACACCGCACAAUCGCCGCUGCUAUCCAGGCUCGUAGCCGCCGUCUUUUUGUUUCUAGAGGAAACGCUAAACAAACCUCGACUACCAGAGCUUCGGACAUUACUACGUAAAGCUCGUGCCACCGGGCACAAGAUCUGUGUAUAAUAUAUCUGGAUAAAAGAAAGAUAGUAUGAUACAACAAAGGCAACAGCACGCCUAUAAUAUGCAAGUCUCAAAGCGCAGGCACAGCGAUAACCGUAAGUACUUCUGGACUCCACCGACUAUCGCCUGCCUCUAUGUCCUGUUAAUCAACUUCAUCAGCUACCUGCCGGUAGUUCAAACUGUGUCAUGUAUCGACUACAAAUGCAAUUGCACGGGUGUUAAGGGUGACAUAGGGACACCUGGUAUAAGAGGUAUAAAAGGCCCGGAGGGUGAGCCUGGUGAGAUUGGUUCUGAUGGACCUGAAGGACCUAAAGGUGAAAAAGGACAAUAUGGAGAGAUUGGUCUAACUGGAGAAAAGGGCCUUCGGGGUGAGGCGGGAAUUCAAGGAUUUGUCGGUAAACUUGGAGAAUCGGGAAGAGCAGGCCCCACAGGGCCUCGAGGGCCUGAUGGCCUUGAUGGUUGCAACGGUACAGAUGGUCAAUCCGGUGUACCGGGUUACCCUGGAAAACAUGGUGAGCGAGGUCCUUUUGGGCCACCUGGUCUUCAAGGCUCACCUGGUGACGCCGGUGAAGGUGGGGUCAAUACUAAGGGCGUCAAAGGAGAACGUGGGGAACAUGGACUCGACGGCAAAUUGGGAAUUCCUGGCCUUACCGGACUUUCGGGUGAUGAUGGAUAUCCUGGUGAAACGGGUGAUAUGGGUGUACAAGGAUUAACAGGACUCCCCGGUAUACAAGGAGAUCGAGGUGAUAACAUAUUUGGGCCUAAGGGUGAACUAGGUGAGCAAGGUGACCGAGGUGAGAAAGGUAUUGCUGCAGUUCGAGGAAGUACCAGAAAGAACACAACAGCUCGUGCGGGUCCUACUGGACCAAAAGGUUACAAGGGUGAGAUAGGAGAGCGUGGAUUUAAAGGCGAAGUUGGUGAAAAAGGACUGCCGGGUUACGCAGGACGAGAUGGAUUGAAAGGAACAAAAGGCGAGCAAGGGGAAGACGGUCCUAGAGGGAAACAAGGAGUAACAGGACCAGCUGGUCCGGCCGGAGACAAAGGUCAAAAAGGAGCAAUUGGAUACUUUGGAAAACAGGGACCCGAAGGAGACAAAGGUGCAAUUGGAGAUAGCGGAAGACAAGGUUCUCCUGGAAGACAAGGCGCUAUCGGUGAAAAGGGUGAAUAUAUUCCCGAGCUUGAUGAAAUAAUCAAAGGCAGUAUUGGUACUCAGGGUGAUAUUGGAUUACAAGGAGAAAUAGGACCCUCGGGAACACCUGGUGAUUCUGGAAAAAUUGGAUACAUUGGACCACCAGGACCUCCUGGACCGCAAGGUCCAUCAGGAAAUCCAGGACCUAAAGGAACAUCUGUUAAAGGAGAGCAAGGAGAUGACGGUUCCCCCGGACCAAUUGGAUUACAAGGGUCAAUUGGAUUAUCGGGAGACGUUGGCUUACCAGGUGAAAAAGGUUUCCCUGGAAUCAGCAUUACAGGGCCAACGGGUAGAAAUGGUUAUUCUGGUAUGGAUGGUAAUGACGGACCAAUGGGAGACCGUGGUGAACCUGGAGCUCCAGGCCCUAAAGGAUUUUCUGGCGUUGGCACUCCAAUUAUCGGUCCACCAGGAGAACCAGGUCUACCUGGCAUACCUGGAAUAUCGGGUAUAUAUGGAAGAAAAGGUAAUGAUGGACUGGAUGGAUUUAAAGGUACUCGUGGUGAUGAUUGUGGUAUUUGCAUCCCAGGAAUUAACGGUGAGAUGGGAGAGUCAGGUACACCAGGUUUCGAUGGAUUUCAGGGUGCACCUGGUUUCGCGGGUUUACCAGGACCUCGAGGAUUUAAAGGCAUACAAGGUCAGUUAGGCAAUGCUGGUGGUCCAGGUAUUCCUGGUCAAAAUGGUCUUCCCGGAAUAGUAGGCAUUCAAGGCCCAAAAGGUUCACCUGGCCGCGUUACAUUGCCUGAUUCUUGGCAUGAACAAUCUUUACACGGCGAUAAAGGAGACAAAGGUUUUCCUGGUCCAGUGGGUAUAAGAGGUAUACGUGGAAUUCCAGGUGAAGUAGGAAAUUCAGGAUUUGAUGGUCCAAAAGGAGAAAAAGGUGAAUUUGGUCUUCCUGGAGAAGUUGGUCGUGAUGGUGAACCUGGUUGGGAUGGAGUAGAUGGAAUAAAAGGAGACUCUGCACAUAUAUCUAAAAUUAAUCUUAAAGGAAAUAGAGGUUAUGAUGGAGUAUUAGGUUCUAAAGGUGAAAGAGGAAAUUCUGGUUUAAAAGGAAAUCGAGGUGAUGCUUCGCAACACGAUUUGCUACCUUUUCGAGGUGACAAGGGCAUAAAAGGAUUAAGAGGAGAUAGUGGAUUUGAAGGUUUUAAAGGUAAAGUAGGUGAUAUUGGUCUGAGAGGACUCGUUGGUUUAACUGGCGAACAAGGUGCACAAGGUUUCUCAGCUGAAGGUCCAGAAGGUUUAAAAGGAUAUCCUGGAAUGCCAGGAGAGGAAGGUCCUCGAGGAGUACCUGGAACUCCGGGUAUAAUCGGUCCAGAAGGCACUCCAGGUAUACUUGGUUUAAAGGGAGAUCGUGGUGAAGUCGGUAGCAUUUAUUAUUAUGGUGAUAUUGGAGCAAUCGGAUUAAAAGGUGAAUACGGUGAAGUGGGUAAUAUUGGACCCCCAGGUAUCCGAGGACCACCUGGCAAAGAUGGUAUAAAAGGUUUAAAAGGCCUUAAAGGAUCGAUUGGAUAUAGUGGAUAUCCUGGUACACCUGGAUUUAAAGGACCGCGAGGUGACAGUAUUCAAGGGUGGAGAGGAGUACCUGGUGCCCCUGGAUUUCCUGGACAGCUUGGAAUAAUUGGUGAAAAGGGCUUCAAAGGUAUUGAUGGUACCUUUGGAUUUGAUGGAAUAAAGGGUGUACGUGGAGAUACAGGUCCUCCUGGUCAUACAGGUUCUAGUGGUGAUGAUGGUCAACCGGGUUACACGGGUAUGGAUGGUCAGAUGGGAUUUCCUGGUGUUCCUGGUGAAGAUGGCGAUAUCGGUGAAGUCGGGGACUUUGGUCCAAUUGGUUGGCCAGGAGUAAUUGGUGAACCUGGACAAUUGGGAUCUAAAGGCGAAAGAGGAAAUAUCGGUUUUCCGGGACUUGAAGGAUUACCCGGCAUACCAGGGCGGUCGGGUCUCAAAGGAGAUAGAGGAAUUUUAGGACUAAAAGGCAAUAAUGGAGAACACUCCUUCAGUGGACCCCAAGGUGAUGUCGGAGAAUCUGGUUUCAUUGGAGGAAGAGGAUCGUAUGGUCUACCCGGAGUUGAUGGAAAACCGGGUUUACCUGGAUUACCUGGAUUAUCUAUUGAUGGAUCUAUGGGAUUGAAAGGUAUAAAAGGAGAUUAUGGAUAUAUUGGAUUUAACGGAACUCGCGGAGAAAAGGGAGAUCAAGGUGAUUAUGGGUUUUAUGGAUCGAAAGGCGAGAUAGGAUAUGAAGGUAAAAAAGGUAACAUAGGUAUCUCUGGAAGGCAUGGACUUUCAGGAUUUAAAGGCGAAAUAGGAACCAUAGGUUUGCCGGGUGCAGAAGGUAUUAAAGGACAACGAGGCCCUGACGGUGAUCCUGGUAUAAUAGGACGUCCAGGAAUCCCAGGAGACAUAGGCCCACCUGGUUUGCCAGGUCUACCAGGUCCUAUUGGUUUAAAAGGAUCGAUUGGUGAGCCGGGGUACCCCGGAUUUGCAAAUGCAACUUUUGGAGAUAGAGGUAACCCUGGAUUUAAUGGAUUAUCAGGUAGAAAAGGUGAAAGAGGUAGCUCAGGAUACAUUGGAACUUCAGGACAAAAGGGUGAACGUGGUGAAUGUGGUAAGCCUGGACAAGAUGGAUUACCUGGCUAUGUUGGAGAAAAAGGUGUGAUUGGCGAUAUAGGCCCAGAUGGUCCUCCAGGAUUACCAGGUAAAUUCGCUGAACCGGGAGAAAUUGGUAAUCCUGGUCUAGAUGGCCGACCUGGUAUAUCAGGCCGCCAUGGUUUCAAAGGCUCUCCAGGCGAUUAUGGAUACAAUGGACUAGAUGGUGUUACAGGAGAGCCUGGUAUUAGCUAUUCUGGACCAAAGGGAGAACGAGGUGACCAAGGACCACGAGGAUAUAUUGGUUACCCUGGAACUGUAGGCCUUGAAGGAAGACCUGGUCUCCCAGGGCCUAAAGGAUCUAAAGGUUUCCAAGGUGAACCUGGCCUCUCAGGUUUUACUGCCAAGGGUGAAAUUGGUGAUAUUGGCUUAUCUGGAUAUAGUGGUAGAUUAGGAAUUCAGGGACAAAAAGGAGAUGAUGGAUUGCCUGGUUUAAUAGGAGUUCCUGGAUUAAAGGGUGAAAGAGGAGAUAUCGGUGAAAAUGGUCGAUCUGGUCCGCGAGGGAAAUCAGGUCGAAAAGGUAUAAAAGGUGAUGCAGGUUAUUAUAUUCUUCAACCGAAAUCUGAAAAAGGAAUAAUAGGUUCCAUUGGUUAUAUAGGAUUAUCAGGUGAACGAGGUUUAUCUGGAAUUAUGGGAAAAAAAGGAAAAGAUGGCUUACAUGGUCGAAAAGGAGAACCAGGUGAAUCUGGACUUCCUGGUGCUCCAGGAAUAACCGGAAUGAAUGGAUCAGAUGGUACAGAAGGUUUACGUGGACCAUUAGGUUUGCCUGGACUGCAAGGAUACCCUGGUAAUCCUGGAGCACCUGCACCAUUCGGUCCAGAACCACGAAAUCGAGGAUUUCAUUUUGCUAGACAUUCGCAAUCUGCAAUGAUUCCAGUUUGUCCAAAAAAUACAAUCAAAUUGUGGGAUGGAUUUUCACUUUUACAUAUCAUGGGUAAUAGUUAUGCACAUGCUCAAGAUCUAGGUGCUGCUGGAAGUUGUGUAAAAAAGUUUUCAGUAAUGCCAUUUAUGUUCUGCAAUUUAAACAAUGUAUGUGAUUAUGCAAAUCGAAAUGAUUAUAGUUACUGGCUAAGUUCUAAUGAACAAAUGCCGAUGUCGAUGACACCUAUACCAUCUCGUGAAGUAGGUUCAUAUAUAUCACGUUGUUCAGUCUGUGAAGCUCCUACGCGUCUUAUCGUCUUGCACAGUCAAUCCAUGGCGGUUCCAGAAUGUCCUGGUGGUUGGGAAGAACUUUGGAUUGGUUAUAGUUUUCUUAUGCACCGAGAUGCUGGUGCAGCAGGUGGAGGCCAAGCCCUUUCCUCACCGGGUUCCUGUCUCGAAGAAUUUCGUGCUAGACCUUUUAUUGAGUGCCGUGGCCUUGGCACAUGUAACUUUUUUUCCACUGCUGUUUCAUAUUGGCUAGUCACCGUGAAGGAUUACGAAAUGUUCCGCAAGCCACUUCAACAGACACUUAAGACCGAUCAUACCUCACGCGUCUCUCGUUGCGCUGUGUGCAUUCGACGACGUGUGACUGAAUCGCCAGUCGAUCGUAAUCGGUACGCACACAUUAGUAGCCACAACGAUCUGCGUCAACCCACGGCUAAAUAUUAUGCAGAGAACACCAGCAAUGAAAUUGAAAUUAACCCUGAAAAUCAAAGUUACUAUUACCAACAUCAACGCAAUUCCACAACCAACUGGUUGAAGUCAAAACAACAUCAGGAACAGUACUCCAGUAGGCACUAUCCAUAUAGGCGGCCCCAAGCGCGCCUCAAAUGGAGAUCACAAAACCACAAGCCUUAAAAAGUAAAAAAGUAAUAGAAAACUAAACAAGGCAUUAAUUGUUUCAUUAAUAACUCUUCUUUCUCUAGCGUUAAUGGAACAUCAACUCUUAGUGAACCGAGACAUUUACAUUUACACAAUAUUAUAUUUUAUCAACCUCUGUUCAUCAAUUGAUUGUCUUUAGAAAAUUAAGAACGUUUAAGUAACUUAAACUUUGUCUUAAUAUACGUGAAAUUGAAAAUCAAUACUUUAUUAAUAAAA